UUAGUGACUCUCGCAGAUUGUAUCGUUUGCUAGGUUCAUAUCGUUGGCUUCGAGCGCGUUGCAGUCCGUUUCACGUGCGUGGUACUGAACACAGUUUUCGGUUUUCUUCGAGUAACAAAGUACUCGAUUUUGUAGUAUUACUUUCGACUUGUACAGCAUCUUAGAAUUUGUGACAAACCGCGAUCAUCGGUAAUUUUUUAUAUUUCUUCAAACUUGGACUCAACACACACGAUCGAGACGCGGCACAUCACAAGACAGUGAAGAAGAGACAUCAAGCGUCAACAAUCUGGUCUUCGCACUCGACACCGAUUACCGGAACGCCAAAUUUCACGAGACCCGUGCUAUUUUUAAUGUAUUGUAUCGAUUAUGGAUGCAAGCAUGGCUACGCAAAACGAGAUGAAUUUUCAAUUUUUGGACUUACAUGAUUUAACUGACAAUGACAAGGGUCAGUUACUUAAUCUUCUGAAGACUGACACUAAAACUUUAAAAUUACCAUGGAAAAAAGUCAUGAAAAAGGAUAUUAUUGCUACGAAAGUAGAAUCUCAGCAGCAUCAGGGUUGCAAUAUUAUGACUUAUCCAUUGAUGAACACACAAUCCAAUGAAUGGCAAUAUAAUGUUUCAAAUGAUCAAGUACCAACGUUUGUGCCCAGAAUGCAAUAUGGACAUGCUGGAUUCAAUCUUGGUGCACAGUUUCAAGAUGUGAAUUAUAACCAAGAAAAUGGACAAUGCAACACUCCUAAUAGAGAUAUGAGAAGGGGAGUACAGUCAGGAUAUUUGAAUGAACCUAUGCAAGUUUACCCGCAAAUGUUUAUGUAUUACUCAUACCCUCCUAAUCAUUCCGUAUCUACACAACAAGUGUCUGGUGGACAAAUCUACUAUUCUGCGCCAAUAUAUUCAUCGCUUCCUCAAUCACAUCCAAAUACUCAGACAGUUUCUUCUAAUUCAAACGCAUGUCCUACUUAUCUUCCAAGUCAUAAUGUGGAGCCAAUUAACAAUUACGUACAACAUGAACUGUCUCAACCUUCAAAUUCAGCAAUAACCAAACCGAUGCCACAAAUAGUCCCGCAUAAUGGAUGUGUAGAAAAUACAAGCAUUCCUAACAAACCAGUUUGUCAUCAAGUAAAUAGUCAUAACACUUCUCAAGUCGCCAUUGUAAAUAGUUCUAUGUCCCAAUUGUCUGUCAAGAAUGAAAACACUGCCAAUAUAGAGAACGUGUGUAUUGAAAAAGUUAAUAUGAAGGAACAAUGCAAUACAGCGUGCACUGUAAAUAAUAAUUGCAAAAGAAAACCUGAAGUGAAGGUGGAGAAAGUUAAUGUGCCAUAUGUAAAUACUGUUAGUAAUAGUAUCAAAACAGAGCAAAAUGGAGAAUUGGAGAACAAACUCGAGAUGAAUCAAAAUGGAGAAAUAGAUAGAAACUUGAAUAAUAAAAUUGUUUUUGGUACUCCAACAACUACUAUAAAAAUAUCAUCUGAAUCUAUCUCUAAAGUAGAUAAAGAUAUAGUGCAAAGUAAGGAGAACAUUGCAUCAAAGGAUUCUCAAAAUAAAACAGUUACAAUAUCAAAUGGCUCGUCAACCACCUCAAAUAGUUCCUCGUCUACAUCAAGCACACCAUCGGCUGUAACACCACCUGCAGCUACAGUCAGAUCCUACGCCAGUCUUUUCAGGAAGGACAGCAGUCAAUCAGUCAAAACACGUAAAUCUGUGGAUCAACAAAACGGAUCGAUAAGAACGCCAACUCAAAGAGAAGAAUCCACUAGUUCAAAUACUUCAGAAAAUCAAAGCAACGUAUUUUGCACAGUAAAUGAUUGCAAGUCUAUGCAGAAUGAAACAUUAAAUUUACUUGAUGAUCCUAAUACAUUCAGAAUGGCUGAACAUUUGACAAGUUACAAAAUGGACACACAGACUGUGAGUUUGUUACCUAGAGGACUGACGAAUCGCAGUAGUUAUUGUUACAUCAAUAGUAUAUUGCAAGCUUUACUCGCAUGCCCACCGUUCUACAAUCUUUUCAAUUCUUUGCCAGUUUCGAAGAACAAAGGCAAAAAUUCUUCUACCUACUUGAUAGACAAUAUGAUUAAAUUUGUUCGCGAGUUUUCACCAUUGACAGAAGCUGCCCGUAUGCCCAGAAAGGACCGUAAGGAUCAGAGACGAGAAGAUAUCGAUAUAUACAGCGGCGUUGCUUUCGAACCUUCAUAUAUUUAUGCUAUUUUAAAGCAUAAAUCGUUUAAUGGUGUAUUUUCCGUUGAAGGGCGGCAAGAAGACGCAGAAGAAUUUCUGUCAUGUCUGUUGAAUGGCAUCAAUGAUGAAAUGACAGAGGUAUGUCAUUCGUAUAAGAUAAUGAAAUUUAUCAAUGGUCAUACUGUAGCCACAGAGAAUAAUAUCAACGGUGAUCAUGGUCAUGAUGAGGAAGAAUGGCAGAUAAUGGGACCAAAAAAUAAAGGUUCAAUCACACGGGAAAUAGAAUUUGAAAAGACACCUUUAUCGGAUAUUUUUCGAGGACAAUUGCGAUCUAGAGUAUCACGAGCGGGAGAACAGCCAACGGACAAUGUACAACCUUUUUUCACACUACAGCUUGAUGUACAAAAAGCUGAUUCUGUAAGAAGCGCUUUUGAAAUUCUCGUUGGAAAGGAUCAAUUGGAAGGAAUGACCUCAAGCAAAACUAGACAACAAAUAGAGGCCUGGAAACAAGUAACUUUGGAGAAGUUACCUGCUGUUUUAAUUUUACACUUAAAAUGGUUCGUUUAUAACAAUGACAACUACGCUAAUGGAUGCUCAAAAAUAUUGAAAGGCAUGGAAUUUCCUGUGGACUUGAAAAUCGACAACAAGUUUCUGUCACCGAACACCGCAAAGAAGUUAGGUCCCAGACAGAAACAAUAUAAAUUGUUUGCUGUCACAUACCACGAUGGAAGAGAGACGACAAAGGGACAUUAUUUCACCGAUGUCUUCCACGUGGGAUUUGGGUGCUGGCUCCGAUACGAUGACAGCACCGUAAAGACUGUCCCGGAGAGUAGCGUACUCCGGCCCUCAUCGCCGCGAGUACCCUACCUCCUGUAUUAUAGGAGGGCCGACACCAUCGGCAGUCAGACUGCCAACACUAAAGCGCAAUAAGAUCCGCGCGGUGUUGGCAGAAUUGUAUAUAUUGUAAAUAUUGUUACUGUUAAUUUAUCUUUGCGAUGUUCGGUGAUAAUUUCGCAAAUUUAGAAUGUAUAUUUUAGAUUUAAUGUUCAAAAAACAUUUGUAAUUUAUGUAAAUAAGUAUAAUUAUAAGACAUAGGAAAAUUAAAUAGAUCUGUUUUCACAAAUUCGAAAAUUCUUGUUGAUAUUCCUGAGUGAUGAAAUACAAAUUAAACACCGAGAUUUUUUAUAUAUACUAAUAAUAGUGCGGAAAAAACACUGCUUCCUAAACUUCUAUAAAACUAUUUCUAUAUAUAUAUAUAUCAACUGUUAUAUAUAUUACAUAUAUAUAUACACCUAUGCGAGAGUUCUAUAUACAUUUAUAUAUGUAUAUAUACAUUUACCUUCAAAUCCCGAAAUAAAUGCAAGCACAAGUUGAUCCAGUGUUCUAAUCUGGAUUCGCAAUUUUUCAGUAGAUUUAAAGAAUGUUAUUCUCUAAAUGCUUUAUAUGUUAUAUAUAUAUAUAAUGUAUUCUAGAGAAGAGUACGUCCUCUCGAGUAAACCAAAACAAUUUGAAGCUUAAAACAAACAACUUCAGAAAAGUUGUCUGUUAUUCCAAUAUAUCAUUUUAGAAUAGCGUGUUGAUAUUUCUGAUACAUACACGCUACAUAGAGGACUUGAAAAUAUUUGAAUACAAAUAUAUAUAUAUAUAUAUGUUCUUUUUCUGAAAUAAGAUUACUGAAGAUGUUGCUAGUUUUUUAAUUUCUUCAAGAAAACGAAAAUGUGAAAAAGAUUUUUAAUAUUUGAGAAAACGUGUGUAUAAAAUAUAGAGUAGAGAGUAUAGAUUAUUUUUUUAUAUAAUAUAUCUAUAUACAACAGAGACCGAUUUCAACUUGCCAGUUGUUCGUCAUUAUAUAUUACUAUUUUUCUAAUCAGUAUUUUUAAACGUCAUUUAAUAAGUCAUACAGUUUUGUAUGCAUACAUUUUGUUUGACUAGAUUUUCCUGUACAUAAUUUAUCAAACACAUUCGACUUAUUUCAGUAAUUAAAGAACACAGCUGGCAAAGAGAUAAAGAACUGAAAAAUUGUCAUAACAACUACAUACAAAAAUAAAAACUGCAUUUUUUGGAUUUAACCUUUCCUAAGUAUGCAUAUUAUUGCAUGUUAAUAGUUUUGCAAUAAUUUUUCUUGUGUUCAGAAUCAUCCGUGAUCUGUCACAUAUAUAUUUCGUAAUCUUGGUGUCCGAUCAAUUAAAUUUUAUAUGCAACUUUACGUAAAAUACAGUUGCAGCAUAAAUUUCAAUAAAUAAUUUCAAAAAUUAAUGAAAUUAUGUCAUAGUAUAUAAAACUUAUAUAAUUUAC